AUGGGUGCCGAAAUGGAGUUGCAUCGUCUGGUGGAUUUGGCGCUGCGUUCGCCAGACGCGGGUGUUGUGAACUUCAACCACCUUCACACUCUUCUACACGCCAUUUUGAACCACAUAGGUUUGAGCUACGAUCCGCUCAGCGGAGAGAUCAAUACCAAACUUGCUGCUCCUACAAACGAAGCAAAUGUUAAAAGUACGAAAACUGAGCAGUCGGAAGCCGAAGAUGAGGCGAGCAAAGGAGAAGAUCGUUCAAAGCGACCUGACAAAUCUUUGGAGCUGGGGACAGCUUUCUCCGAGUUUGAAAGAAGCAACGGCAGUAGGUUAGGUUAAUCUUUUUGUUUGUGACAAAUUUUGUUAAACAUCACUUGUUCGAAUAUGCAAAUAAUCUAAGCUGUUAAAGUGUUGUUGAUAUGAUCUGCUGUUGCAAAGCUAAGCGAGUAACAACAGUUAGUUCUUUAAUGCUUUUCACACUUCAUAAGUUUUUCACUGUUCUUUUGUCCAAAGAGUCAUGCUUUUCACAACGAAUAUCCAUAGCUACGAAACAUGCUCGUUUUUCUCCAUUGCCGGCCAGUGUUAAUUAUGUUGAGAAGUGUGCUUUUGACAAAUUGUAGGUGGCUACUGUCAUGAAUUAUUUAAGUUCCUCGCCGACUUUGCUGUUUCUGAAGGCUUCAUAAAGAACAUGGCUUAUUGUCUCCCUUACUCUUUAUGUCAAACAGAGGUUCUCUAGUUCGCAAUUGCAAGAAAUUACAUUAUAUUCUUCUACGGAUUCGACUAAUUGUAUGUUUUAUUGAUUCUCCACAAUUACCUAAAGAUAUCUCGAUCCUGGUCGCUUUGUUUUGCCUGAGGGCUAGCUUAAAAUGUAAGGGACCUGUCAUUAUUUAAAGACAAUGAAAUACUCUUCCAAAUGCAUCACUCAAAUCUAUUUUAAAAUGUCUUGUUAUUUCAAUCGAAAUUUUAUCUCCAGUUAAGUUAUUGAGCAAGAAAAAACUAAAUGCAAGAUUUGCUAGUGUUGUCAUUCACAGCCUCCGUCACUGUGGAAACGCAAGAAUAUUGAAAUUUAAAACCUGAUAUUGAUGCGUCUGCCGCGCAGUUAAAUUCACCUGUAUAUUAAAAGCCCUCGUAGUUUUUCAUAGCCUGUCGAAGUUUCUUUUCAAUACAGAGUAAUUUACUGGGCGGACUUCGGCGUUGUCGCUCUAAAGAUAAUCCGCUUAACGCCCCAGGAAUGAGAAGAUACACUGUACUUGCAAAUUAUAGCUUUAUAAGUCUUGUCUUUGUUUGUGGAGUCGUCUCAUCUCUGUUUGCCCAUAUUUCUCUUUUUUCAAAGUACUGCGUCAAAUUGUUUCAAUCUUCUCAGACGUCAAAAAAAUGAGGUUUUUAAAAUGUAAGUUUUAAUUUUUUUGGCAGAAUUGAUCAUUAAUAGAAAAGAAAUUGGAAUUUUUUUGCUGUGGGCAUUGAAGACGUAGCCUGCGUGCAGACGAUAACUAAACUUUAAUUUCGUCUGCGCAAAGGCUAUGAGGACGUUAUGAUGAGUUUAAAAAAAUAUAUUAGUUAUUUUAUUUAUUUAAAGGAAAAGUAAACACAAUGAAGGUGUACUGCUAAAUGCAUUGUCAUCACAUGCCUUCCAUACAUACCCUCAGAAAAAAGGUCAGUGUAGAAUGUAGACUGUGAACCACAGACCAGCUGAACAUAUUAGAAAUAUGUGUAUCACAGAAACCCGCGAAGCUUGGGGGUGGGUGGCCUGAAAAAUGUUAGGGAUGGGAUCCUGAUAAUAAAGUGUAGACUGCAGACUAAGAAUAAAUGGCAGAGCAGGUGAAAUGUAGACGAUGCAGAUAGAAAUCAUGUUGAAAUGAUAGAAUGGAAAAUUAAACCUCACUCACGCAGUUCAUGCUUUUUAGUAAUUUACUUUAAUCUGUUCAACAAGGGGAGAGUCAUUUGCAACAUAUGUGUAUACAAUCAUCCGUCCUCUUAUCUACCCUUUAGAAGUUUUUAUUGUUCUAAAGCUUAAAAAACAAAAAAAACCGAACUGGCAAAUAUGAUGGAUAUACGAGUAUGUAGCAAGAAAGCAAACAUUUGAAAAUUCACCUCAGGCGACUCCUCUGCUACCAAUUGGUAUUGGUUAAAGAACUCUAAAAGCAUCUGUCCAAAAGCUAACAUUUGGUGAUGCUACCACUGGUUUCCCCACCAAAUGAUGUCUGAGAAACGAGUGCGGAAAUUCCAUACUGAUGACUCUUCACUACCCAGAUCUGGGUAGUGCUUCUGAUUGGUCGUGCUCCGUGGGAAAUUUGAUUCAACCAGUCAGAAGCACUACCCGGAUCUGGGUAGUGACACGUGAUCAGUAUGGAAUUUCUGCACUCGUUUCUCAGACGUCAUUUGGCAGGGAAACCAGCAGCAGCGUCGCCAAAUGUCGGCUGUCUUCUCAGGCUACCCCUCCCCUAGCCCCCCUCUAAAUCCCUGCUUGUGUAUAAUGACUUCUUCACUUUUUUGUCUUAAACCUUUGUUACAUUUUUUAUCAGUUUACAGAAAAGGCAAGAAAACCUUGAGCAAAAAGUUCAAGAACUAGAAGAGAGAUUGAAGAUUCUUGACAACCCACCUUCCAAUCAAUUUAUUAUUGAGCAGGCACAACAAUCAAAACAUUUAAAUCAAGAUGAAGCUGUCACUCAAACUACACUUUCUGGGUUGUGGCAGUUUAUGAAAUUUAACAAGCGACUUCAGGCCACAGAAGAGGCUAUUGACAGAGUAAUGACUAUUUUGAAUGAGUUUCUUGGAACUGAUGGAAAGACCAUAACUAGCCUGAAAAGUGACAUGGAAGAUGUCGCAAAUGAAUUGAAGAAUCUCAAAGAGAGCAUUCAUGGUCAAACAAACUCAGUGGACAGUAAUCUGGGACAGAAGCCAUCCACUGAAGCUUUUAUUGAAGGAGAUGCCAUGUCACGUAUAAAUUCAAUAGAAAAAGAACUUGGUAGUAGAUUUGCAACAAAGGAUGAGUUGUCAGUGUAUGUGAAAUGGCCUGCACUGGAAGAAGCUUUGAAUGUUAAGAAAACAGACCUUGAGAGGGAAAAUAGAGUAGCAACUGGUGCAGUCGCUCUGCAUCCAGAGGAGACACCAGUAAAGGACCCUGAUCAUAAUAAUAAUGUAAGUGAAGAAGUUGAUGAUACAGAGUCAGAUGGCCGGCCACAAUCUGCUCCAAUGCCGCCAACACUUCAGACACCAAUACCAGCGCCAGAACACCCUAAGACUGCCUUUGCAAGAAGUACACAGGUCCGUGAGCUUAUAUUUAAGCAUAAUUACGAUUUUGCCCAGCCAAACAUACCCCCCAUAAACUAAUAAUUAAUGAAUUAAACUGAUUAUUCAUAAAUUAAAUUAAUUAUUAGUUGAGGGCCUAGCUAGGAUUUUCAAAGGGGCAUCAUGCACCAUGUCUUGCCCCAUGGUACUUACUAGAUUGUCGUUUCAACAUCCUUUCUGUGUUUUACUAUAAGUAGUUUUAAUUUCUUGUUUUUUUGUUGGGGGGUGACAAAUGAGCUUGGGGGAGAGACAAGCAUACAAAAUAGCUGCAUGGACAAUAAUGGUAACAUCAUCAAAUUUUGGCCCAUACAAGAACAGCUGACAGGGAACGACUUUGAUAGGAAGAAAUUUUCAACAAAGUGAGGUUUCAAACAAUAAGAUGGCUAAGGAGUCAUCCUUUAAAGACAGUGAAUUUCAGGAUUUUAGUGUGGAAUUUGGCUCAGGCCUUUUUUCAGAAAGAAAAAAGGAAUGCCUCUCACAGGGGAGGGGGGGUCAAAGACACCUGAAGCCCUCCUAGCUAUACCCUGAUUAGUUGAUGCCAUUAUCAGACUGUAAAUUAUAUAAGAGCAUAAGUGAAGAUGACUAGUUUUCAACAUGCUUGAAAUUGCACAGUGUUUUACUCAUGAUUCAGACUUUUAAUUGAGUGGUUAGGGUUCAGUCAUUCCCUACUCCUGUCUCUAAUCCCUCUCAUCUUUGCGGGGUGUCCCCUUUACAGACAUAUUAAACUAUUGUUUAGGAAAGUUGUUUGUGGUACAGUAAUGAUGUCAUUGAUAAAGUGGAGUACUUAGAUUUAUAUAUGCCUGCAAACUCUCAUGCAUUAUGAGUCUCACGCCUGCAGACUAAAGACGUCACUCUCAUAUGCCUGAAGGACAAUUUCUCAUGCCAGAUUAUCUGAAAAAUGAAUCUGUUUGUCGUUCCAGUAACUAGUGUCAAAUUCAAAUCAGCAUUCCUGCUUGCGUAAUGAGUAGUGAAUAUUUUAUGAGAAUAUCUCUGUAUUCGGUCAGAUUGAAAAUCUUUGAAUGGAUUAAGUUUCUUUGCAUACUAUUACAUCAAAUUCAGGCAAACUGAAGCAGGUAGAAAUUUUGUAAGUGCCUCGCGUGUGAAUUCACGACUCAGUACGCAUGCAAGAAUGCCAUGAUGAAUCUGAAAUCUACAAGCACCAACAGAUUUAACUUUUGAAUAAUAAAUUUAUUAAUGGAAUCUUGGGGGGUACACUUGACCUUGCUUGACUGUAAAACCUCACUUUUGCAGGUACAUGUUCAAGAACUGUUGCCUCCUGCAGAGUACCCAUCUCAGGAAAUGGUGGAGUGUCUCAGGCAAAUUGGAGAACUGUCAGAUAAGCAAACCCAGGUGGAGAAACGUGUGGUCAGUGUUGUUGAAUCACAACAGGAAAUGGCUGGAGAGUUGGCUAAAGUAGAACAUGCCCUGCCACAGAAAGUGAGCAAGGAAGAUCUGAAUAUUCCUGAUGACUUACAGGAUCAACUAGCUAUGCUUAAACAAGGUAUGCUAAAAUGAUCAAUAAAUGAAUUUCAUAUAUUUCAACUGCAGAAAAAAAAGGUAGUUAAGGGCAGUUGCAAAAGGCAAGCCUGAGAGAAUUCACUCUUGCUGGGAUUCACGUAGCCUGGGACCAGGCUCUUCAUUGGGGGAAAAAGGAAAAAAAAUUGGCAAGCAAAGUGAAACGGGAGGUAGUCUGGGGAGGGGAAAGAGUGGCCCUUUCCCUCUCCCCAGACCACAGCUAGUCUCGCUUUGCUCGCCAAUAUUUUGACCCCCACCACUGAUGAUAGUCUUGCUUUGCUCAUGGAUAUUUUGAUCCCCACCACCGCUAAGUCUUGCUUCGCUCACCAAUAUUUUAACCCCCACCACCGCUAAGUCUUGCUUCACUCGCCACUAUUUUGACCCCCACCACCGCUAGUCUAGCUUCACUUUCCUGCAUUUUGACUGUUGCCUUUUUUCCCCCACUGCGGAGCCUGGUCCCAGGCUAGGAUUCACGACAAACUCUGACCUUUGCGAUACUGCAGGUGCAGUGCUCUAACCAAUUGAGGUAGCAACUAGAAGCUGGUUUGUAAUAUUCUCUGGAAAUGAUGAAGGUGUGAAGUGAGUAAAAUAUGAAUGUCAUAUAUUGGACCUGUAGAAUGAAAGCUGGUCAAUAAAUAGGUUUGUAAUAUGCCUGGGAAAAAUGAAAAUGAAAUUCAUGAAAAUGAAAUUAAUGAACUGUUGGAUUAAGAAAUAAAUGCAAAGACCAGACAUUAAUUAAAGGUGAAGACGCAACUUAUGCAGUUGCAAAAUGAAAGCUUGAAAAAAUUUUAGCUUGUCAGGAUUUGAACCCUGACGUCUGCAAUACCAGUGCAGUUUCCCAAUGUUCAUUGAACAGAACAAAUGUGUUUCCAGAGGGAGGGAAUACAGGAUAAUUAAUCUAGAGAUGUAGAGCUUCUUGUAUGGGUGAGUGUUUUUUGUUUUUGUUUUUUUUUUUUUUAAUGAAAAUAUUUUUUGUAUUUUUCGAUUCUCUCUUCUUUUAUAUUUUUUUCUUUUUCUUCUCUCUUUUUUAUUUUACUUUGCUUGGAGGUGAAAUCAAUUACAGCAAGGAGCCCAAAAGUGUGACCACUUUUGAUUUAUUCACAUUCUUUAGUACAGAUUUAAUCCAAUCAGAAGCCAGCUGGAAACUGCCCUCGACUUCUGAUUGGUUAAUGUCUGCAUGAAAGAAUGUGAGUUAAUUAAAGGCGGUCACACUUUUGGGCUCCUUGCUGUUUACAGUAACUCUUCAUGACUAAAUGUAUGUGAAUAUUUGCUAUUUUCAUUUUUCAUUGGAGGUUUGGAAUUCCUAAAUACAAAUCAAGACUUAGUUGCUCUUGCUGAAAUCAAGAACAUGGCUCUUAACAACAAAGAUCACAUAGAGGGAAUCAAACGUGAACUUGCCAUAAUUGCUCGACAAAACAAACCAGCUUUCACAGGAGUCGUUAGCCAGUCACCUGGAGUGGACAGCAGUGUGUUGGAUGCAUUGAGAGAACACUUAACUGAUCUGCAAGCAGAACAGGAAAAACUGGUUCUAACGGCAGACAGACAACAUUCAGAAGUGGUUCAGGAUCUUAGCAGAAAACAGGUACAUGUACUCCGCUGUACAUAAAUGGUCUAUGUCAUGUAAGCAUUAAACAAUACUUUAAAAAUAAAUCCCAACCUUCAAAGAUGAAGUUUAUAAUGUAGAUUAUCUGGCAGGCACUCUAAAAAGGGUGAAUGUGGAGGAUGAGGAGAGCAAGGCAUUCUUAAUAAUGUGUGGCCUAACAUAAUUAACCCUUUAAUCCCUACAAAUCAAUUUCAUGGUUUUGAGAAUUAAAAAGAGAAAAUUAUCUCCAGCCACAAAGGUGUUAAUUGUUAAACAUUUUUAAAACAGCAAUUUUUUACCCGCAUUUGUUUGGGUGGGGCCUUAAAUCACUCUGGAGAGCUUUUUAAGAAAGAUGCGGUUUCGGUGAUCAGACGGACAAUGCUUCGUGUAAAAAUAGAAUAUACGGUUUCAAAAAUGUCCAGAUUCGUAAGGACGGGACUUUAGACAUCUGAAUGGUAGUUUGCAAUAUGGUAGUUGAUAUAAAUGCAUAUCAAGGCAAUGAGGUACAAUGAUGGGUCCUUACAAGCAGUCUUUUCUACUUAUAGAUAUUAAUUUGUGCUUCUGUUUACGAGUGCUGCAUAAUUUUCUUUCCCGCUUUCUUGCAGGAACACAUUGAAGCACUGUACAGUUAUGUUGAAAAACUUCAAGAAAGUAAAGCAGACAAGGAAAAUGUUGCCUUGGAAAUGAACAUCAAAGCUGACAAAGCUGCAUUGGAUAGCAAAGUGAAUGUGUCAACAUUUGAUAACACAUUCAACAUGCUGGAUGAAGGACUCAGAGAAGCUCUACAGAAAAUGGAUGACUAUAUGAAUGAGGAAAUGGCUCUGAAACAAGCCUUGAAGCAGCUAUCGGCUGAUAUGUCAGAGAAAAUGGAUGGACAGGCCUUUCAAGCACUCAAGAACUAUUUAGGUACAUCACGCGUACAAGUAUAUCCUACAUAAUAGGUGUAGCCUUGUUGCAAGCACUAGGGAGCUUAAACAACGACGACCGCGACGGCAAUGAGAACUGCAAAAAGGAUCAGGCGAAUCUUUGCUGACAUCAUUGUUUCCCUUUUUGUUGAUGCCAGUCCAUCUAGUAAUUAUAAUCGUCGAUGUUUCUUAGGGCUCAAGUACCCUUCGUACAAGUCUUCAUUCCCCCCAAUUCACCCAUUGCGCUUUUUUUUUUCGAUAGACUUAAGUUGUUACCAAAGUUAGUGCCGCAGUUUUGUGCGGCCAGAAGGUAAUAUGUUUUAACUGUCUUUUCUAGAGCGCCGAAUAGCAGAUGUACAAAAGUCCAGGAAUCUCAUUGCUGCUGAGACAAAAGUGGACUUUUCCGAUGCAGCCGGGUUCCGCAAGCAAGUUAAGUUCAACUGCAUUUCCUGUAGUAGACCUGUGGAGCUUCCUCUGCGAGGGCCCAAUCAAAGCAACCUGCCGUUGCCCCGGGGUGUCCGUACAAAGAGAUCCAAGGGACCUUACUUAUCUUUUGAAAUGGACCAGGUAAGAAGCCUCUUAGAGAGUAACAAAAAUUAAUUUGAUUUUUGCCUAUUUCGGGGGAUUUUCACUAUAGGGCUUUGAAAGCCUCUUCCCUACUGAUUAUGUAAACGAAGUCUAACUCAAGUCACAGUUUAAGGCAAUAAGGUACCCCCAAAUCCAUCCAUAACUGGCUGUAAGUAAAUAUAUUUUUUCUCAUCUGCUUUAGUAUUCCUUCUUGACAUUGUUACCAUUUGAUAAUGACGCCGGAUCAGUUAAACUCCACUUAUAUAUCUAGUUGCUCUUGUUUCGCGUCAUUCUAACUUUUUGUUAUGUUUUUUAUUGCUACCGUUUUGUUGCUUGCAGAUUCGUCAGUAUCAGCGAGGUCAUUACGGAGGUGGUAAAGCAGAAAGGUCUUUAAAUGAGAUCAUAUCAGGGCGACCGUGCGGAGGAAGUCACACAGUUAUGUAUCAUCCAAAGAGAAGAAACAGAACUACGCAGCUAAACCAAGUGUUAGGUUUGUGUUUAACCAAUUACAGUACUGAGUACAUUUCUUAUUUUCAGUAUAUAAAAGUAAUAAAAACAACUAAAAUUAAACUAAUAAAGGGAAAAAUGAGGUCAUAGGGGUAACCCAAUUACUGGUAACCCAGUAGUUUUCAGAAACAAACAUUUCAAAAUAAACAUGAUAAGGUUAAGAAUCCCAACUGGCCGGAGACAAAUCAGGGUGACCGAUCGACGAUUUGAACUCGGGACUGCCGUGUGAACAAAUCCAGCUAGCAUUCAGAGCGGGACUUGAACUCGUGGACUCAGGAUUGCGAUUCCAGCGCUCUAACCGCUCGGGAACGCUGCCUCUGUGUAUAAUUUUGAGAAGAAACUACCCACCCACCCGUCCGUUAUCCCAGCGUUGACACUAACUUCCCACUUGGGGCUAAAUGUUGGGUUAGGGGAUGGGUAGGUGGGUAAUUUCCCAGCGUCUUACAUGGAUCCAAGAGAAGAUAUGGUAGGUGUAGUGUUAAAAAUUCUUUUCUUGAUUUGUAGCCCGUGAAGAACAAACAGAAAUCCCGAAUUGGGGAAGAGAAAUGUCUGUUAUUGAUUUGCUGAAAGGUUCCGAUGGUCAUGUCUAUAAGGGACGCUUUAGACAGGUAUGAAUGUAUGUUUAUUCGCAACACAAACUGCUUAGAUUUUAAGGUCCCACUCCCCAUUUUCUGACAACCAAGGGAAAUCUGACACCACAGACUAAGCGGUUGAGGGUUUGAGAAAUGAGAACGCGACGGCAGUGACGUCAGCUCUCGCAAAACUAAAAACAAGCUUUACCAGGAGCCCAUCAAUAUGAUGGGCUCCUGGCUUUACCAAUAUCAGAGCGGGAAAUUAAAUACCGGAAGUCGCGCUCAGUUCUUCCUGCGCGUUUUCGCGUUCUCGUUUGCCGUCGCGUUGUUAUUUCUAAACCUGCCUGAUGUCUGCUGAUAUGGCACUUGAGUGUCAUGAGUGUCACGAAUGGAUUUGUCAGCUGGAAAGACCUCGUGGGUCACUUAAUGCUCUUAAACGACUUGAAUGUGCUCUGUCGGACCCAAGUGAUAUGAAAUAAAGAUAUAUAAAACGGAAAAAAACAAAAAUAACCUGAAAAGGUAAGAAGCGUACAAAAAUGGCGCUUAAUUUUUUUUUGAAAGGUGAACCUUGUUGAAGGGGUGUUUGGGUUACCUUACAAAAGCCAAGUUUUACAGGCCUGAUAGAAUUUACCUCACUAGAUGCUUGGGGUUUAACGGCGCCCUCGUUCGUCUGUCUAGAGCGACUUUGCAGCAAUACGUUCUUGAGCCUUCCAGUAUAUAAAAGUAAUAGAUUAAGAUUUUACUGCAAUACGUGUUUUGUUCAUCUGUUUUGGCUGUCACUAGCGACUUUGAAACAAAUUGUGAUUGAAUUUAUAAAAUUGAAUGAUCCUUCCAAGAUUUUACUGCAAUACUUAUUUUGUAUUUUGUUGUCAGACAAUACCACCCAUUCCCAAGAAUUCUCGGUCUCCGCCACUUGAGCAUGAAUUCUCGUCAUUCGCCAAAGAAGAAUCACCUUUUACGUCAAAUUCGGACCCAGACUCCCCAAGGAAUGCUGGGGCAGGGCAGGUGAGAGAUUUGGUGUAUGUGUUACAGUUAUGUCGCGUUACAGCUUACUGUAUGGCAAAAAGUAGGAGGGCCACCCUUCUCACUGGCUUUGUGAUAUUCAAAUGAUAUCUGAUAUUUAAAAUAUUGCUUGCUUGGUUACUUUAUUACUUAAUUGAAUUCGUUCGGUGACUCAACAUGGUGGCAGGGGAUGAAACAGGACUAACGUCCCAAUUGAUAUCAACCCUUUCAUUACCCACCAAGCCCAUGAAAAGUUGUACCACACCACCGGGCUCUACGCCCCCUACCCUUACGAACAGCAGUGUGGUUUCUUUUACGUUCCACACGAGUCAGAACAGUGAAUGAGCUGCGAGACGGGACCAACGGUUUUUCGUCCUUAUCGGAGAAGACUAGAAUGUCUAACCAAUUUUAGAUGUCACAACAAAGGCAGCACAUUCUCCUCAGUUAUUUUAAGACCCCAAGUGUUGGGCCGGCCGGGGUUUGAACCCGCGACCUCCCGCUCAACAGACCGGCGCUAAUCCAAUUGAGCAAACCGGGCGGCGGUUUUAAACUGGGUUGCUUGGACUCGUAAAUGUAGUCAAGUGAGACAAUAUCCAUACAUCAUCAAGAGAAAAAGGUUUUGAUAAGUAAUAAAAUGAUCACCAAAGGGGAAAUGCUUUGAUCUUUUCGAUCAAUUUCCCUCAAUUCUUUAAGGAAAUGUAUGGAGAUCUGCAGGGGAAUGUCUGGAGAAUUUGUAUGUGGAUAUUGGCCGGGCUUAAAGGGUUAAUGUAUUCAACUUAAAAUUUUCAGGCUGCGGAGGAAAUGUCUCCAGAGUCACAAAACAGUCCGCGUGACACGCAGAAGAAGAGUCAGUCUCACAAUACGUCGCCAAGGGCAAGGAUGAGACACAUGGUGAAACGUCACAGCUCCGAUUCACCACCCGUUCCAGUUCCCUCGCCGUCUCCCCCGACCGUGCGUGACAGUGAAACUCAUAAAACGCUGCUAAAACAGCAAAGACAAGAAGUAAAGUUAAUCAAUCUUAUAUUGUUUUCGUCAUGAUGAUGAUGAUGAUGAUGAUGAUUGUGAUGAUGAUUGCGAUGAUGAUGAUGAUGAUGAUAAUUAUUAUUACAGCUAUUUUUCGGUCUUAGUUUUAAGGUGCUUUGCUGUUUUCGUGUUGCCUUAUAUUUUAUUGUUGUUCUUAUAUGUAUUGCAGGACAGUCAGUCGAAGUUAUUCACUCCAGCUAUUCCCAGACCCUCUCCCGAUGGAGGACGGGAAAACGAAGACACUGAUCCAGGGGGGACUGGUAAAGAUACGGUGAGAUUUUUUUUUGUGUGAAAAGUGUCCGGAGAAGCAUAGCUUAUUAAAAUUGACAUGUUCAAUUAGUUCAUUAUUUAACGCAUUGCACUUACGUUGUGUUGUUUUCCUAACUCGUAUUCCUUGUCACUUGUUGUCAGUAACUUUGCUCACAUUGUGGGUUGCUCCUCCCAAAAUGUUCUGUAAUUGGUGUAGGAUUUAAUAGAGCCGAAACCAAUUGUGGAAUUGCACACAUUUUAGGCAUCCGACUGAUGAACUGUUACGACUUAUAGAUAUUUUCAACAACAACAAUUUGCCGCCUGUCCACUUCGAAUUGUAAGGAACAAUGAACAUUGAAAAGUUACUGGAAUCAUGAAGCUUACGAUUCUGCGUAAAAGGACAACUAAAAAGGGAGCCUGCUAAAGCAACGUUUUCACGGUGUGACUAAAGUAAUUUUGGGAAAUGCCUCGAAAUACCAGCAAACAGAAGCAUGGAACAUGUUAAUUCUCUCGAUUUGUUUGUUCAAUUUCACCGGGUGGCUGGUCGCUUUUAAUUCCUACUGAAAAAAAAUACAAACACUAGGCUGACACAUAAAUACAGGGACAGGGUUGGCCUCGACUCUAAGUAAAGCAUUCCCAAAUGUGAGUGACUAGGAAGUACCAGAAAUUUUAAAGAAAAUAAUACCGGCACAGAGUAGUAAACAAGUCGUCCUCUUGCUGGAAUUCGGGAAUAUAUCCACUUCAGCUUGAGGCUAGCCCUGUAAAAUGGGUUUUCAAUACUCUCAUUCAGCGGACAUAGAGAACUCCAUCAUUCCACAGUGCUCUGUUAUAGAGUGCAAUCAAUUCUUUAACACAGACAACGUGUAUAAUGGCACUCAGUAUCCGUCUUUGAUGCGAGGUUUGAUAGGUGUCCAGCUCAGUUUGAGAGUCUACAGAGAAAUGACAACCACAGGGACCAGUUCUAGAUGUCCGAUAUCAAUGAAGUUGUCCGGCUAAGAAAGCCACGCUAAUCAGUUAUCUCUUAUCUUUUUUAGGAUAAUGGUAGUGCUGCAGAAUGAGAAGGAAAAGUGAUAACACCAAGGACCAAGGGAGGAAAUAACCUAAGUAAUGAAAAAUUGUGGUAACUGAGUGUUGUUAGAAAAAAGCUAUGGUUAUAAUAGGCUUUUUGCAUGACUUGAUCACGUGAUCAACUUUCGGUAAACACGAAAACAGUUCACUUUUGAAAAAUUCUUUUAGCACAAGAUAAAUAGAGGAUAUUACAUGGCCGCGUGGGGAUACGAAUUUUAUCUUCGAGUGACGAUAAAAUUCGUGUCCCAAGCGGCCAUGUAACGUUCUGUUUAUUUUAUAGAUACUGAUGAAAUUCCUACAUAAAACACAACUUUUUUUUUCGGCAAAUCGUCCUGAAUGUUCUUCAAGCUCGGAGAGAGUAUCGAUGUGAAAAUUUGGCAGCUCAUCGAGAAAGUCACCGGUAACUACCGUCUUCCCACCUCGAAGCCAUUUUGUGAAUGAAAUGUCAAAAGAACCGGCCGCGCGCCUGAGAGGGAAGCUCUCUUGCAAUUGGCUAAUCAUGUUAGUAACCAUGGCAACACCAAUAUCCUCUACAC